GUAUGACAGUGUAUGACGUGUAUGACUGUGUAUGACGGUGUAUGACUAUUCUUGAGGUUCUUGAGUUGGAGUGUGAUAUGUUGAUAGAUUCAUGUGAUGUAAAUUAGCAUAGGCCAAAUUGAUAUGCGUGUUGUAUGAACUUUUCUUAAAGAUUCAAAGGAAAAUGAUGCAUACGAUAUUCAUCAGCGUGUCGGUAGUAUUACUUCUCCAUUCUGUUGCAAUAAAGGCUCAGUCCUAUGAAGAUGUCAGAUGCAAGUGUGUGUGCCCAAAUCCUUCUGUUGUAAAUGGAACACAGUCCAACCGGAAGCUUUAUAUUGGAAACGUACCUCCAAAUAAAUGUAAUUGUGACACUGUGAUUCUUCCACGAGUUGGGGAUGAUAUUAAAGGAAAGGAGCAGGAGUUCUGUCCCAGAUGUGAAUGCAAAUAUGAAAGUAGGAACACGACAAUCAUCAAGGUUGUUGUCAUUAUUGUAAUCUGGAUCAUCUCCCUGUUGGUGAUCUACAUGCUGUUCCUCAUCUGUUUGGAUCCUCUGCUCAAUAAGAGAGCAAAAGGUAGUUACCAGGAACACACCAAUGAAGAGGACGAAACAAGCACAAGUGUUGGUGGAGGAUCAUCACAUGCCAUGGGUGUCAGAGGCAAUGUUCUGAACAGGGUGGGUCACCAACAGGACAAGUGGAAGAGACAAGUACGAGAGCAGCGACGUAAUAUCUAUGACAGACACACCAUGCUGAACUGAGUGUGCAGCAGGCAGCAGUUACAGUCUCAUUGACGACUAGUCUGAUGUCUGAAUAUGUAACAAAUUCAUUGUAUGCUGUUUACAUUUAGAGACUGCAUUACUGUAACUGAGUACUUAUGAACAGCAGUGCAGUUUGUGAGAUCUAAGGGCCCCAUGGAGGUGAAUAUGAAGAUUAUGGUCAUUUGGGAUGUGUCACUAAUUUGGUAGAUUGCAGGGUUUUGGAGUAAUCUGCCUCCACCAUCAGGGCAUCAGGUGGAAGAUGGAUAGAGAGCAGGUUACUGUAGAAUGUUAGUAGCUAUCGAACUAUGUGGCAUUACAUUUUGGGAGACUGUAAUAUUUCAUAAGGGUAUGAUUUAUUGUUAUAUAUUUCGGAAUGAAGGCAUUAUUCCAGUGCUAGAACUUAUUUGAGAAAUUGUCGAGUCUGAUUUGUAAUGUAGCUGCAAUAACACAUUGAUGUACAGAGUC